AUGUGUGAUAUAUCCACUGGAUGUUAUACAACCUUAUAUAAAUAUCUUAAUUAUUCAACACAAAUAAUAAAUAAUACAAUACGUGAUGAAUUAUUACAUAUAUAUUGGGAAGAAAUUAAUGAAUUAAAAAAUCAAUCUAAAAUACCUAUACUACUUAUAAUCAUUAUUAUCUUAAUCUUCCUUAUUAUGAUUAUAUUUGGUAUAAUCAGUAGUAGUUUAAUCAUCUAUAUCAUUUUAAGAAAAUAUUCAAUGCGUACACGUGGUAAUUUAUUUAUACUUAAUUUAGCUAUAUCUGAUUUAACAUUAUGUUUAAUUACUCAACCAUUUAAUUUAAUACGUUUAUUAAAUGGUAAUUAUAAUUGGAUAUUAGGACAAUUUUUAUGUAAAUUUUCAUCAAUGUUUCAAGGUACUAAUAUAUUUGUAUCAACAUUUAGUAUAACUGCAAUUGCUAUUGAUAGAUUUCAAUGUAUCAUUUAUCCUACAACUCAUCGUGGUAACAUCAAUACUGCUAUCAAAUUAAAUUAUUUAACAUGGAUUAUAGCUGUUAUAUUAUCUAGUCCACUUGUUUACUUUUCACACAUUACUCAAUUAAAUCAUUUACAAUGUACAGAAAAAGCGGAUAAUUUAACUAUACAAAAAUUAAAAGUGAUUUAUUCAUUAGCAGCAUUAAUUAUACAAUAUAUGACACCAUUAUUUAUUGUCACAAUUGUUUAUUCACGUAUUUGUUUAAGUUUACAUAAUCGAAAAUUACGUGCAAUACAAAAAAUUUAUUUAUCACAAAUUAUACAAAAACAAAUGAAUCAACAAAAUCAUAAUAAUAAUAAUAAUAAUAAUAAUAAUAAUAAUAAUAAUAAUAAAGAUAAUCGAUUUUAUCGAAAAAAGAAAAUCAGUCUCCAUGGCAACAAACAUGGUAUUGAUAAUAGUAAUAAUAACAAUAAUAAUAAUGAUAGUAAUAACAAUAGUAGCAAUAGUAAUGGUAAUAAUAGUAGUAAUAGUAAUAGUAAUAAUAAUGUUAAUAACAAUAAUGGUAAUAAUAAUAGUAGUAAUAAUAGUUGUAAUGAUAAUGAAAAAGAAAAUGGAUUAUAUACAAAGGAAAUAAUGAGUCCCCAUGGUGACACACAUAGUAAUGACAAUAAUAAUAAUAGUAAUAAUAAUAGUAAUAAUAAUAAUAAUGAUAAUAAUAGUAAUAGUAAUAAUAAUAAUAAAAAGGAAAAUGGAUUAUAUACAAUAAAGAAAUGCAUACCCUACACUGAAACACAUAGUAAUGAUAAUACUACUUCUACUACUAAUAAUAAUAAUAAUGUUGGUAAUAAUAAUAAUAAUCAUAAUGUAUAUCGUUCCAACAAUCUGAAUUUUUCAGACAAUCAACCAACUCCUCAACAAAACCUACUUCUAUCCCCUAUACCAAUUUUAUCAAUAUCCUCACAAAAACAAGCAAUUGAUCGUCGACAUCGUAAAGCCAUUAUAUUAUCUAUAGUGAUUGCUAUAAUAUUUUGUUUAAGUUGGUUACCAAUUAAUACAAUGAAUGUUAUUAGUGAUAUACGUGAAUUAAUUAUUAUAAGUAGUAUUGAUAUAGCAAUAAAAAAUUUAAAAAUGAAUGAAUUCAAUUAUCAUAUUAAUAAUACUACUUAUAAUGAUCAUAAUAGUAGUACUAGUAGUAGUAGUAGUAGUGAUAGUAGUAUUGUCAUUCAUAAUGAAUCCCCUUCAUAUUCACCUAUUAGUUUAAAAGAAUUUAAUAAAAUAAUGAGUAUUGAAGCUAAUAAUAUUGAUGCUAUCACUGUUAUCAUUACACAAUCAUUAUGUUUAUUAUUAAUAUUAAGUUCAGCAUGUAUUAAUCCCAUAUUAUAUGGUUGGUUAAAUAAAACAUUUCGGAUGGAAUUUUAUCAAGUAUUAAAUAUACAUUCAUUAUUUAUUAAAACAAAUAAUAAUAAUAAUAAUAAUAAUCAGUAUGAAAAAUCAAUAAAUGAUCAUGAUCGAGAUCAUCAUCAUUAUCAUCAUCAUCAUCAUCAUCGUAAUCAUCAUCAUGAUCUCGAUCACCAUCAUCAUGAUCGCGAUCAUCAAUAUCGUGAUCGAGAUCAUCAUCAUCAUCAUCAUCAAUCUUGUCAAUUAUUAUCAAAUGAUCAUAUGAAUAAAUUAAAACUUGAAUAUAGAUCAAUAACUUCAACACAAGAUUCAUGUACAUUAUUUUCUUUAUUUACAUCUAAAUCUAUUGAAUUGAAUUCAGUACAACAUUCAAUGGAUAAUAGUAGUAUUAUCAAUAAUACUCCUAAAACUUUUAUCACUAAUACCAACUAUACUACUAAUACUACUAAUAAUCAUAAUAACAGUAAUAUAAUAGACAAAAGCAUAACUAAUGAAUCAAGAAAGUAUUUUUUAUUGAAUAAUUAUGACCAUGUUAACAUUCAUCAUCAUGAGGAUGGCGAUGAUGAUGAGGAUGAGGAUGAGGAUGAAUGUGAUAUCAUUCCAGAAACCGAUAGUAAUAUUGAUUUAACAAAUCUUAGAUAUUUACCAGAUAUAACAUCUAUUUAAUUUGAAGAAUUUUCUUUUCUAUAUAUAUGAAUUGAUUUUUUUGUGUAUUUGAUUUUUUUUGUUUUUUUGGGGGGGGGAGGGGGGUUUUCUUUUUGUCAUAUUCUUCUUUCACUUGUUUAUUUUUGUUCUGAGUGUUUUUACAAGAAGAAGAAAGUAUAUAAAUAUUAUUUAAUUGUAAAUUAUUUUUAUUUGUUUCAUUUCAUGUAUUCAAGUGGUUGCCAAGUUAAGUUGAUUACAAACUAUAGCCGGAAUACCGUGAAAAUUGAUAAGAUUAUGGGAUAUAACAUUGAUUGAUAAUGCAAUACUUCAAUGCCAAAAAUGAUAAGAAGAAUUGAUCAAAAGUGAAUAAUAAAUAAUUGGGAAUAUGAGAAGAAGGGUUUUUGUGGAGAUUUUAGUAAUUUUUUAUAUAGUUGAAAUCAUGAGUCUAUUGAAACUAGACCACUAUGGAAAAUCUAGAACCACUGGACGGGAGUUUCUUCCUAUUGUAUGACUCCUCAGAAAAGCGCAUCCAUGAUCCCGCUGUUAUGUCUUGAUCAAGGUUGUCGCUAAUUUGUUAUAACUUUACAAGAUAAACCAAGGACGUAUCCUGCGUGAAUUAUCCACCAAUAGAAAUACGAAUCUGUACGAACCUAUGCGAAUCAUUUAUUUUAAACAUACUCGGUUUAUAUAUCAGAUAGACAGGCCACAUCACACCAUAUAAUAAGAAAUAAUAUUUGUAUGAGAUCAAUCCCAAAGUGUGGCUGAGAACGUGGGAGACGAUAAUUAAUAAACUGAAUAUAAUUUAGAAACAGUAAAUCAUAUAAUAAUAAUCAUUAGGUCAAAUUAAAGCUUAUAAUAAGAUGAAUAUAGAUAUAGAUAAUCUGGUUGCUGAAUAGUUAUACAAUAGGAAUAUACAUAGAAUAGUAGUCCAAUAAUAGGUCCCGUAAGUUAUUCGUACUUACUUCUUCCCUAGUAUAUAACACUUGCUUCACGAGAUUCGAACCCAGGAGCUAUCAGUUUUGAGCGCUUAACAACUAGACCACUAAGCCGGCAUCCAGGUUUCACAUGGUAGUCUCCCUUCAAUUGACUCAUGAUUUCAACUACAUAAAAAAUUAGAAGUAUGAACAAUACUAAUGAUAACAAGCAGAUAAACGGCAUAGGGAACAUAGUUGGAAUACAAUAAUAAAACCAAUCAAUAUUUAAAGUUAAAAAAAAACUAAAUGAUUGAAAAUUGAUUUUAAACCAUGUUACGUAAGAGAAUGAUCGAUUGCAGUUUUAAACGUCAAUGGGAAGAAUCAAGUAAAUUUAAACUUCACCC